GAUAAAAAUAAAUAAAAGCUUGGUUGUGUCGAGGCAAAGAUCUUUGUCGAAAUGGAUAUUUUACCCGAAUACAAUGUGUAUUUUUAUGGCAUAGCUAUUGUUUUGACGAUAUGUGCACUUGUGGUCAGUACAAGAUAUACAAUGAAGAAUAUUUUAAAACAUUGGGGAAAGGGAACUGUAAAAUCUGAGAAUGCAGACGAUAAAUCUGCCGGUAAUCCCAGGGAAAGUGGUGGUGGAGAUGAUGACGGUGGAUCUGAAGGCGACGAUGAAGCUGAUGAAGAUGAAGCUGCACGACAUGGUGAUAGGUUAGCAAGAUUGUCUGAAAAGUUAGGAGAUGUUGAUCCUAUGGAAUAUUGUGAACACAUACAGGGUGAAGUGAAACGUGUUAAACAAAAAGUUGCCACAAAACAAAUCCAAGAAUCAAUGAGUCAAGAACAACUGGAGGAAGAAAGAGAAGUUCAACAACAACAGCUAGAACAAAUAUUUGCCUUGAUGAAGGAACAAGAAGAAAAAUUUGGAGUGCAAAAUGUGACUGACAUAAAGGAACAAAUGAAACUCUAUGCUUAAAUCAACAACUUGAAAUAGAAUAUCAAAUUUUAUGUCCAUGGUCACAUGAAGAUUAUUUAUUUUAAGAUGUUUUUACAAUGAUGUCAUGUCAGCAUUACAAACAUAGAGUGAAUCUAGUCAAGGAAAGAAUAUCAUUACACAAAAAUAUGACUGUAUAAUUUUGGAAAACAGAUUUUGUUAAGUUGAGCAACAAGGAUAUCUUUACAUAUUUGAGAAUGAGUCAAAACAUAGACAAGAGCAGUCUGUUUAGCUUUGAAGUACAAUAAAUAGUAAUUGAAUCUAUUCAAG